AUGAAAGGAAGGCCGUACGAAAGGCGACACGAACGCAGUGAAUGUGCGGGCAAAUCAAAUUGUUCGUUUGAUGCCCAUUCCUCAUCGACAGACACAUCAAAGCGCUUGACGACGAAACCUGAAACCACGUUAUCGGAGGACUUGGUUCCCGUUAAGGCCUUGACAACCAAAUUCCAAAUUACACGUAAAUCACCAACAGCAAUAGAGGCUUCUGAUGAUGAGCAAACAAGUACGUGCUCAACUCUGGAACAUCCAGUACCAACAUCCACAUUAUUGGGCCCACCUCCAGCAUCUACAAUCUCGCAAUUUGAUAGCCAAACACCGUCUGACAAUCCCACCGAUCUACCUGACACGGCUAAAUUUACGGAAAUGGGCAUAUCGCCAAAAACAACAAACACGCAUUCACCUCACGACACACCGACUAGCGACUUAUACCUCAUGUUCACCGAAGAAAUUGUCACAAUUUCGGACACACCAUUUGCAGCCACAUCUGCGUUGCCUGAUGCGGAAUCGACUUUUGGCGGCUUAUCCUCCUUUAAUUCCACUGACAAAUUUGAUGUCUCGGACAAAUUUUUGACGACUCCCACUCUCUAUGGUGACAAAUCCCUUCAAGUCAAUCACCUGCUUUAA